AUGGAGUGGACGUUAGCCAAGAAGAAAGAUUUUCGGGUCUUUAGUCAGAGAUGGGAUACUUUUCCGUUCAACGGAGUGCGCAGAAUCAGGGAGGAUGAAUGUUUAGUCUCCAUCUACUUCUCUGAAAUUCAGGAUCGUAUUAGGGCUAAGGAUGUCUUUGAGUUAUUUGGGUGUCAUGGAAAUGUGGUGGAAGUGGUUAUCCCGCCCAAGCCGAAUAAUUUCGGUAAGAGGUAUGGUUUUGCUCGGUUUACUAACGUGGAAGACGUGCGAAUGCUGGCUGUGAGGUUGGAUAAUAUUGUGAUAGACGGUAAGAAGAUGCAUGCCAACGUUCCAAGGUUUGAAAGGAAGAGGAGACCAGGGGGUGGUGGGGGUUCGGGAGGCUUAUAG